CUCUCGGACUGACGGCGGACAUGACCCGCUGACUCGGUCUUUUCUCCCCAGGCUCGCCGUUCUGGCCGUGAUGGCCCUGCUCCUGAGCUGGCUGGGCCUCGGUGUGGACUUCGCCGCUGCUCUGGCACUGAGUGACCUCUGCGUUCAACCCGAGGUAUACAUCCUCAACACCAGUCAGUGGGAGCAGGUCCUGAGCUCAGAUAUCGUGGAAUAUUAUGUCAGCUGUGAUGGAAAAACUCCGAACCCCUUUCAGCAGAGCCUGACACUGUCUCAGCGGGCAAUGAGUGACAUUCACCAGAAGCUCCUGUCCCUACUGCGAGGGUCUGCGACUGAGCUGCCAUCCGCACAGCCCAGGCUGCUCUCCGUUCUCCAGGCCCUUAACGCCAGCGAGGGGAUGUUCCACCACCUCACCGUCCGCCUCCACUGCCUCGGCCUGCACAAGCAUCUGCAGGACCUGUGGACUGGUUUGUGCUGGGAUGGACUGGAGGGGGCCCUGGGGCUCUCUGUCCUCUCCCUCCUCAGCGUCGCCACCUUCUCCUCCCUGGCUGCCUGCCUGCCUCAAGUCUGGGCACUUUCUGUGGGCACCCGGGACUCUGCGACGGAGGAGGAGCCGGAGGAGCCCGAGGAGCUAGAGGGUGAGGACAUAUUCAGGCCUCCGGAGUGGAAACAGUUGCCGCGCUACCUCAGCCGACCACGCCUCCACACCUUCUCCAGUUAUGGCCGGCCUAGCCUCAGGGCCCCGACGCCCACCCGUCCAUGGACACCGACCCUCCACUACAUGUAGCUCCUGGCCCGAAGAAGGGGAGAGGGGGUGCCAUAGCUGGGAAGAAGCGAUGGGGCCUUCCCCACCCAUCCCAGGACCAGGAGACAGGCCGUCUUUUGUAAGCGGAACCUUCCAAAUCCCCAAAUCAGGCUCAAGGCAACACUGCAGGAACUUGAUCAUCCCCGGCUGUUCCUGUUCCUUUGUCGGGCUUUUGUACGCGUGCACACAAACACAGAUGGACAUAGUCACACGUACACAGUCAGAAUGACACGGAUUCAACACACACAUAGUAGAACUACACUAACAUGGUUAAUGUGUUGCUUUUACAGCUCAGGGUAUCAGAGAAUGGAGUUCAAUUCUGGCGCCCUCUGUAAAAAAGUUUGUACGUUCUUCAUGUGACCCCAUGAGUUUCCUCUGCGUGCUCUGGCUUCCUGCCACAGUUCGAAGAGUUAUCUGUUAGUAGGUUAAUUGGCCAUUUUUAAAUUGUCCUGUGUCUGCAUAACUAAAUAAACACAAUCAUAAUUGUGCACGCACAGGGACAUACACCGAUACGGUUACUCACAGACAUUCACACACUCAAACACGCAGAUAGAUGCACACACACACACACACACACACACACACACACACACACACACACACACACACACACACACACACACACACACACACACACACACACACACAAAACAGACUCACUGCCCAGAUGUAGCUGCUGCGAACCAUCCCCAGAACAAAAUGGUGAGGUGGGCUCGUUGUCCAACCUCCUGUACUUGCAAUAUUCCUGAGCCCAAAACCAUGCACAGCCAAUGGGAUGCAGAGUUGGGUGCAGGAUAGUAGGGUGGGCAACAGUCAAUGGGCAGUCAGUGAUGGAUGAAGGAAGUUGCUGGGGCAGUUGUUUUUGGCUUUUGUUAGUGACUGAGCAUCAGUUUGCCAUCCCCGAGCAGAGCACCAUAUUAGUCUAGGCCAGCACCACAGCCUAUCCCAUAACACAGUGCUCUCUUUUCACUAACCUUCCCUCCUCACUGCCCCUCCUCUCCACCACCACGGCACUCCUUCCUCACUGCCCCUCCCAUAGCACUCUCCCCUCUGUACUCUCCCACAACGCUCUCUCCUCACCGCCCUUUCCACUGCACUCUCUCCUCAUCACCUCUCCCACAGCGCUACCUCCUCUCCACCCCUCACACAGAACUACUUCCUCACUGCCCCUCCCACAGCUUGCCCUCCAGACAGAUCUUACCGUCCAUCAGGGUAUUGAAACUCCAAGAGAACGCUGAGCUGUAUUUGCAGGGAAAGUGCCAUUGAAGUCAUCAAUAAGUUGCAAGGGCCAUAGGUUGAGAGAUCAAGUGUCCAUUUUUGAUGUGCAAGAGAUCUGUUCGAGGGCUUGGUAACAGCAGGAUCGAAGCUGUCUCUGAGCCUGGUGGUACAUGGUCCCAACCUUUGACCUGUAGAAUCGGAAUCAGCUUUUAUAUCACCAUCAAAUGUUGUGAAAUUUGCUUGCUUUGCAGCAGCAAUACAUUGCAUAUGUAAUAAUAAAAUACUAUAAAUCACAAUAAGAAAUAAGUUGUGCAAAGGAAUAUUGAGGUAGUGUUCACAAGUUUAUUGUCCAUUCAGAAGUCUAAUGGCGGUGGGGAAGAAGCUGUUCCUAAAGUGUUGAAUGUAUGUCUUCAGGCUUCUGUACCUCUUCCCUGAUGGUAGCAAUGAGAAGAGAGCAAGUCCUGGGUGCUGGGGGUCCUAAAUGAUAGAUGCCACUGUUUUUGAGCCAUCACCUUUUGAAAUCUCCUCGACGCUGGGGAGGCAAGUUCCCAUGAUGGGGCUGGCUGAGUUUGCAAGUUGCUGCAGCCUUUACCAAUCCUGAGCAGUGGCCCCUCCACACCAUCCAUCUCCCGGGAUUACCCCACCCUUCCUCCCCCUUCACCACCCACGGUUGCUCUAGUUUCUUCCCACGUUCACGAUGACGCACGGGAUCAGUGGGUUUAUUCAUUGUUGCAAAUUGUAUGGGCACGUGGGUGUAAUCUGGGGGGAAGGCGGGUAGAAAAGCCCUGCGGCGCUGUCACUCUAAACUGAGUCACACAGAGACAGUAGCUGGGAGAGAUGAAAGGUUUUGGGCCCCUUAUCUAAGAAAAGAUGUGCUGGCUUGCAGGGGUUCCAGAUGUGGUUCACGUGAACUAUUCCAAGAAUUAACGGGUUAAUGUACGAGGACCAUUUGAUGGCCCUGUACUUGCUGGAGUUUAGAAGAAUGAAGAACAGUGGUCUCAUUGAAAACUAUUGAAUAUUGAAAGGCCUGGAUGAGUGGAUGUGGAGGCAAAGCUUCCUAUCGUGGAUGUGUCCAGGCCUCAGAAUAGAGGGUUACCCAUUAGAAUAGAAUUGAGGAGGAAUGUCUUUACCCAGAUGGUGGUGAAUCAGUAGAAUUCACUGCCACAGAUGGUUGCAGAGGCUAAAUCAUGGGGUAUUCAAAGUGGAGGUUGAGAGGUUCUGCUUUAGUAAGGGAGUCAAAGGUUACAGGAGAAGACACAAGAAUGGGGUUGAAAGGAUAAUAAACCUGCCAUGAUGGAGUGGCAGAGAAGACUCAAAUGGCCUAAUUAUGCUCCUGUGUCUUAUGAUUUGAUGGUCUAAUUCAACACAACAGAUCGCCUGGAGAAUGGAUUUCUCUUCUCCCCUCACUCUGUAAGCGUGGUUUGUACUUAUUAAACACAAAGGCAACAAUA